AUGAGCUCCAUGAAUCGAGUCGGGGCUGACAUCACUCUCCUCCGAGAGAGGGAGGUUGACUACGACUCAGACAGAAACACGCGCAAAAUUGCAGAAGUCCUUGUUCGAAAAGUUCCUGAUGAUCAGCAGUUCCUGGAUCUGCGGGUGGCAGUGCUAGGCAAUGUGGACUCUGGGAAGUCAACCUUGCUGGGUGUCCUGACACAAGGCGAGUUGGACAAUGGACGAGGCCGUGCACGGCUCAACCUUUUCAGACAUUUGCAUGAGAUCCAGACCGGACGCACCUCCAGUAUCAGCUUUGAGAUCUUAGGCUUCAACAGCAAAGGAGAGGUUGUGAACUACAGUGAGUCCAGGACAGCUGAGGAGAUCUGCGAAAGUUCUUCCAAGAUGAUCACCUUCAUCGACCUUGCAGGACACCACAAGUAUUUAAAGACCACCAUCUUCGGCCUCACAAGUUAUUGCCCUGACUUUGCCAUGCUGGUGGUGAGCGCUAACACUGGUAUUGCUGGUACAACUAGGGAACACCUGGGCUUGGCCAUGGCGCUGAAAGUUCCUAUCUUCAUUGUAGUCAGUAAAGUGGACCUGUGUUCCCGAGGCACUGUGGAGCGAACAGUCAGACAACUAGAGCGAGUUCUGAAGCAGCCGGGCUGCAACAAGGUGCCCACGGUGGUGUUGAACCCUGACGAUGCUGUGAGUGCAGCACAGCAGUUCACCCAGUCCACAUGCAUUACACCCAUCUUCACCCUCUCCAGUGUGUCUGGGGAGAAUCUGGACCUCCUGAAGGUUUUUUUGAACAUCCUUCCUCCACUGAGCAACAGCAAGGAGCAGGAAGAGCUGAUGCAGCAGCUCACUGAGUUUCAGGUUGAUGAGAUCUACUCAGUUCCUGACGUUGGGACUGUGGUUGGAGGAACUCUGUACAGUGGGAUGUGUAGGGAGGGUGAGAGGCUGGUGGUGGGUCCAACUGAUGAGGGCCGUUUUCUGCGUCUGAAGGUGGGCAGUAUCCAGAGGAACCGCUCUGCCUGCAGAGUGCUGAGGGCUGGACAGGCUGCAACGCUGGCUCUGGGAAACUUUGACCGUUCACUAUUGCGCAAGGGCAUGGUGAUGGUCAGUCCCAAGAUGAACCCAACCAUCUGCUGUCAGUUUGAAGCUGCCAUUGUCCUGCUCUUCCAUGCCAAGACUUUCCGUCGGGGGUCACAGGUCACCAUACACGUUGGUAAUGUCAGGCAGACUGCCACUGUGGAGUGCCUUCACGGAAAGGAUGAGCUGCGUACUGGCGAGAGAGCUGUUGUUCGUUUCCGCUUCAUCAAACACCCCGAGUACUUGCGCCUGGGCGCUAAGCUUCUCUUCAGGGAGGGUGUCACCAAAGGCAUCGGCCAUGUCACCUGCCUGCUGCCCCCUUCUCAGAAUCACAACCAGAACCACGACCAGAACCUGCAGGAUUAUUAAAAAUUGCUCCUUCAUCAAACAGACAGAUGUUGAGGCAGUGAGAAUGAUGACUGCUUGGGGAACAUAGGUCUCGGAUCACAUUUAACCAUGCACAUCAUGUUGGAGUCCCACCUAUCUUGGAUCUAUGUUUCUGUCCUCAUCCGUUCCUGCGGUGAUGUCAGAAAGGCUGUUUUCCAGCAAACAUUCAUAUCUUGAGUUAAAGCUGGAUGGACUUAAGCCUGAAGAUUAAUUUGAAGUUUUGCCACAGAUUGAUUAAAAGGUUCCUUUUUAUCAUUGCCGCUGUCAUUGGAAGAUAGCAGGAGUAUUUUAAAAGCAUGAAUAGUGCUUACUCAUUGCUGAUGUGGAGUGAAGGUGUAAUUCUGUUUCUCUCGAUGUGCACGACGGAUUGACCUCGCUCUUCGUACUGUCUCAGAGACAUGUUUGCACGCUUAAACUCAUCAAGAAAUUUGGUGAGGGAAGAUUAUAUUUAGCACAUACUUUAUUUUCAUUAGUCUUAGGUGGAUUCCUUUCUAAGGAGUCUGCUUAUGAUGCCAAACACUUUAGACCCUUGCCGGGGUUUUUUCAUGGUCAUUGACUGGGGUAUUUUUCACAAAGCAUUGGAUGAGUCAGGCGCCAUUAUCUGACAACAUUGGUGGGCAAACUAUUAAUUUGUGAUUUCAAAUUAUCACCAGAAGUGUGUAACUUCAUUAGCAACAUCCUCCCGAAAUGCGCCAACAACAUUGAGAGUAACAUCCUCCUCUCUGACCCUUAAUGCUCGCUGGUCGCUAUGGUAAUGCGUAAAUAUUUCCAAAUAAGACACACGACUACAACAAGGGAAAAGACCCAGUUAACUGAGUUAAUGAUAGAAAACCCUGAAAAUCAUCAAUUUCACACCCGAGCCUCAACUCUCGCGGCCCGGUGCGAAAUGACUCCGGCUGUUUUCCAACAAACAUUUGUGUCUCAAGUUAAGCUGGAUGACCAUAGUGGACUUAAGCCUGAAGAUUAAUUUGAAGUUUUGCCACAGAUUGGGGACUGCUAAUUAUUGCAAUGACUGAUCUAUAUGUACUGAAUGGUUGACUAAGGCUACAUUCACACUGCAGGUCUUAAUGCUAAAUUCCAAUUUUUUUGAUCGAAUUCGACUUUUUUGUCUGGUUGUUCACACUACAAAUAAAAUGCAACAGCAAAUGCGCUCUA